AUGUCUUACCUUUGUCAAGACCAAAGCUAUUUUGCUAGGUUGAUCACUUGCUCCAACGUCAUCACCAUCAUCUUCACUAAUCUGAUUGGUACCAUUAUUGUCAAGAGCCUCGUCCUCAGAGUUGAAACCAACAUCCUGUGCGCCCGGUAA